AUGAAUGUAAAGUGUGAACAUUGUAGUGCAAAACAUUUUAAUUCUGAAAAAGUAGCUAAUAAAGAUAAUUCAUUUAACGAUUGCUGUAAUCAUGGAUCUGUUGAAUUAAAUCCUUUAACCCAACCUCCGUAUGAACUUUAUGAAUUAUUUAAUGGAAAUCAUCCAAAAUCAAAACAUUUUUAUGGUCGUAUUCGUGGUUAUAAUAAUACGUUUUCAUUUGCGUCAUUUAAUGCAAAAACUUCAAAUUUUGAUACACAAAGACGUGGACCUUAUUGUUUUAAAAUUCAAGGACAAAUAUAUUAUCAAAUUAAUACUGCGCUAUAUCCCACACCAAAUGAAACGCCAAGCUACGGACAACUUUUUAUUGUAGAUAAUAAUGAAGCAACAGAAUGUAGAUUACAUCGAAAUUCGAAUCUUAAUGAAGAAAUGUUACAUUUAAUAGAUAAAUUAAUGCGUAAGAAUAAUAUUUUUGCACAAUCCUAUCGAAUGAUGCAUGAAGAAAUUCAAAUGCAACAAUUAACUGAAAAUUACAAUAUGCGUGAUUUACAAUUGGGAUUUUUAACAAAAAAAGGUAUUGAUCGGUACAAUAUACAAAAAGUAAAUGAAGUAGCAGCUGUUUUUUAUACUACUGCAGAUGGAGAAAUUCCGGAAACAUAUGUCACAAUUUAUAACAAACGUAACAAGACACUACAACAAGUUAGUACAAUGGAUCCAAAUGUAGAACCAUGGAUCUAUCCAUUGUUUUAUCCAUAUGGUAAUCAAGAUAAUUACAUUAAAAUUGAAAAAGAUCGGAUUAAUUAUUGCAAACAAAAUCAAAAACAACUGCGAAUUGAAAGUUAUCAAGGAUUAAUUGAUUAUUUGGCAAAUGCUGCUAAUAAUGACAAUGCUCAUGUAGGAAAAAUGAUUAUACUUCCAUCGACGUUUGUAGGUUCACCACGUAAUAUGUUACAGCAUUAUCAAGAUGCGAUGACUAUUGUUAGAAGAUAUGGAAAACCAGAUAUUUUUAUUACCAUGACUUGUAAUCCAAUUUGUCGCGAAAUUAAAGAAAAUUUAUUUCCAAAUCAACAACCUGCAGAUGGACCAGAUAUUUGUGCUCAUGAAAUUCAAGAAUUUAUCGAAGCUCGUUAUGUUGGACCUGUUGAAGCAUGUUGGCGUAUUUUGAGCAAAUCUUUACAAGAAAAGAGUCAUACUAUAUUUCGUUUACCAAUACAUUUACCAAAUAAACAUAGUGUAAUAAUCGACGAUAAUAUUAAUAAUGAUGCGAUAAGAUUUGCUGUAGAACGAGCGAAGAAUUUUCAAGAACUGAGGACAGUUAAUAAUGAAAUACAUCAAACCUUUACCGCUGCGUGUUUAGCAUUAGGACUCAUAGAAGAUGAUAACGAAUGGUCGCGCAAUGAAUGA